AUGCGUACACAUUUUUUGGCUUACAAAACAAUAAAAAAACAUGUAAAACAAGCAAAGACAUUAGAAACUUAUGAAUAUCAAUUGGACAUUAAUAUCAGAAAGAAGAAUCGACUUAAUGGUAGAUUUUAUGAAGCUGAUUGGAUACCAAUAAGGGAACCACCCAUUAUUCUAAUGACCAUGAAUAAAGAAACAGCAGAACAUAAAGCUUCAUGGUAUUUAAUGCUCAACUCCCAUAAGCAUAUUCUACAUACUUUUGGUUUCGUUGGAAAUAAUGAACAAUUGUCUAUGUUAUUGCAAGAACGUGCUAUUCGUGGCAACCUUCAAAAAUUAUUACAAGAUAAAUGUUUCCAACCAUCAACUAAAGUUCUCAUUACCAUAUUCUUCCAGGUUCUAGAUGCUAUAAUUUACAUAGGUACACAAGGCAUCAUAGUGGAUAAUUUAUGUUGUUCAAAUGUUCUUGUCUUUCGAAUGAACUCAACAAAAUCAUCAGAAAAUCUGGUUAAACUAACUAAUUUUAGUAUGGCACGUAAAAAAGAUUCUUCAUAUGUAGAUAACAGACCAACAACUAUUCCAAUACGAUAUUGUGCUCCUGAAAUUCUCAAUAGUAUUGAUCAAUCAAAUUAUAGUGAAGCAUUCGAUGUUUAUUCAUUUGGUGUUUUACUAUGGGAAGCUUGUUCACAUGGAAAAAUACCUUAUGGAUCUAAUACAAGUGAUAGUAAUGUUCGACAAAGAAGACUAGAUGGUGAAGAAUUGCUACAGCCAAAUGAGUGUAACAAUCAAAUAUGGUCUAUCAUCCAAUGUUGCUUGUAUAGAACACCGGAAAUACGUGACACUAUGGAAAACAUUCAGUCGAAGUUUUUAAAAAUUGAUCUCGAGUAA